UGAGAGAGUGUGUCUACCCCUUUAUUAGUAUUAUUCCACACCGCUAAGUUUAGCAUUCAACACGUGUCGCUAGUGAUGGAGAGAGAGAGAGGGAGGGAGAGAGAGAGGUUGACGGUUGCUAGGUGACGGAGCGCAUAUACUGAAUUUUAACAAAAGAACGGGGGAAAGAGAGAGAGGGAGAGGGAGAGAGGGGAGAGAGAGGGAGGGAGAGAGAGAUAGGUAGAGAGAGAUCGAGAAAUUGAAUACAUGUACAAUAUAUAUUUAGAUAUAUAUUUCCGUGGGAAAACCGUUAAAGGAUACCUCAGAGGAAACGAUGUGAAUAUGAUGGAGAAACGGAUGGAGAGAGGGGGGACAGUCUCGUGAAAAAAAUGUACCCUCCGUUUGUACACUCCGCAGCCACCCCUCCAAUGUCCCUGGGCAUGGCCGAGAUACCUGCCCUCUCUCUCCUACUGGCCCUGCUUCUGUGGGCGGGGCCCGCCGACCCCUCCCCCACGCUGUUGCUCCGCCCCCGAGAGCGGGAGAGCUCGGGCUCCUUCGGCAACCUGAACAUCGCGGUCAUCUACUCCGGCUCCUCCCUGCACCCGGAGAUGGGCAUCGGGGCGAUGGACUCCGGGGGCGGGGGCAGGGUGCUGCACCCGGGGGUUUCCUUUGGACGGGUUUCGAACAGCCUCGGGAAGAGCAUAAUCACGCAGUGGGGCUCCGCCAACGUGAUCUGGCUGGCGGUCAACGACAGCAGCCCCAGGACCUUGCUGCUGCAGCUCUGUGAACUCCUGGCCUCGCGGCCCCUCCAGGGCCUGGUGUACGAGGAGGAGAGGGCCCCCCUGUCCCCCAAGAGCCCUCUGGCCCCCAUGCUGGAGUUUUUCUCCGCCCAGACCGGGCUCCCCAUCGUGGCCGUCGGAGGCGGAGCCGGGCUGGGCAGGAUGCCGCAGGAGAGUGGCUCGAUCUAUCUACAGUUCAGCUCCUCCACGGCCCUCCAAUUGGAGGUGAUCUUCGAAGUGCUAGAGGAAUACGAUUGGACGGCCUUUUCGGUCGUGUCCACCCGUCACCAUGGCUACCAGGACUUCCUGUCGGUGGUGGAGGGCCUGACGGACGGCUCGUUCAUUGGCUGGGAGAAGAAGAACGUGGUGAUGCUGAACCUGACGGACGACCCCGGGGGGGCGCGCGCGAGGAGGCUGCUAAAGGAGAACGAAGCGCAGGUGCGUCUGCUGUACUGCUCCCAGGAGGAGGCCGACCUGGUGUUCAAGGCGGCCUGGGCCGCGGGUCAGGCUGGCCCCUCUCACAUGUGGUUCGCGGUGGGGCCCGCCCUGGCCGGCCUGGGGAUGGAUGGGCUCCCGCGGGCCCUCUUCGCCGUCAGGCCCCAGGGCUGGCGGGACGAGCCCAGGAAGCGGAUCGCCCGGGGGGUGUCGGUGCUGUCGCACGGGGCGGUGGCUCUGCGGAAGGACUACGGCUUAAUGGGAGGCCCCAACUUCGUCAGCAACUGCCAGACGGACGGCAACCACACGCAGAGGGUCCCGGACAGGAUGAGAUAUUUCAGCAACAUAACACUGGGAGGGCGAGAUUACUCCUUUAACAGCGACGGCUACCUGGCUAACCCAUCGCUUGACGUGAUCUCCUACACACCUGGAAGAGGGUGGGAAGAGGUGGGCUGGUGGGAGAACGGGGUGCUGCGGCUUCGCUACCCUGCGUGGUCCCGCUACGGCCCCUUCCUGCAGCCCCCGGACGACGCCCAGCACCUGCGCGUGGUCACCCUGGAGGAGCGCCCGUUCGUCAUCGUGGAGGCCGCGGACCCCGCCUCCGGCACCUGCAUCCGCGACUCCGUCCCCUGCCGUCGCCCCGUCAAUGCCAGCAUGGUUCCGGAAGGCACGGCGCCCACAAAGCAGUGCUGCAAGGGCUUCUGCAUCGACAUCCUCAAGCGAUUGGCCAAGAUCGUGGGCUUCACCUACGACCUCUACCUAGUAACCAACGGGAAGCACGGGAAGAAGAUCGACGGGGUGUGGAACGGCAUGGUGGGAGAGGUGGUGUACCAGCGCGCCGACAUGGCGAUCGGCUCCCUGACCAUCAACGAGGAGCGGUCGGAGGUGGUGGACUUCUCCGUCCCCUUCGUGGAGACGGGCAUCAGCGUCAUGGUCUCUCGCAGCAACGGCACGGUCUCCCCCUCCGCCUUCCUGGAGCCGUACAGCCCGGCCGUGUGGGUGAUGAUGUUCGUCAUGUGCCUCACCGUGGUCGCCGUGACCGUCUUCAUCUUCGAGUUCUUCAGCCCCGUGGGGUACAACCGCAGCCUGCAGAGCGGCAAGAAGGUGGGGGGUUCAAAGUUCACCAUCGGGAAGUCCAUCUGGCUCCUGUGGGCUCUGGUCUUCAACAACUCCGUCCCCGUGGAGAACCCCAGGGGCACCACCAGCAAGAUCAUGGUGCUGGUCUGGGCCUUCUUCGCCGUCAUCUUCCUCGCCAGCUACACCGCCAACCUGGCCGCCUUCAUGAUCCAGGAGGAGUACAUCGACACCGUGUCCGGCCUCAGCGACAAAAAGUUCCAGCACCCCACGGAGCAGUACCCCCCCCUCAAGUUCGGCACCGUCCCCAACGGCAGCACCGAGAAGAAUAUCCGCAGCAAUUACCCCGACAUGCACCAGUACAUGAUCAAGUACAACCAAAGAGGGGUGGAAGAAGCCAUCACCAACCUCAAGACUGGGAAGCUGGACGCCUUCAUUUACGACGCAGCUGUGCUGAACUACAUGGCUCGGAAGGACGAGGGCUGCAAAGUGAUGACCAUCGGCUCGGGGAAGGUCUUCGCCACCACGGGCUACGGCAUCGCCCUGCACAAGAACUCGCGCUGGAAGAGGCCCCUCGACCUGGCCCUGCUCCAGCUGGUGGGAGACGACGAGAUUGAGAUGCUGGAACGCCUCUGGCUGUCGGGUAUCUGCCACAACGACAAGAUUGAGGUGAUGAGCUCCAAGCUGGACAUCGACAACAUGGCGGGCGUGUUCUACAUGCUGCUGGUGGCCAUGGGCCUGAGCCUGCUGGUCUUCGCCUGGGAGCACCUGGUCUACUGGAGGCUCAGGCACUGCAUGGGCCACUCGGGCAGGCUGGACUUCCUGCUGGCCUUCAGCAGGGGAAUGUACAGUUGCUGCAGUUUUGAGGACGAAACUGCCCAAGGAGGAGCGAAACCCACCCUCCCUACCCAUCACCACAGCGCCAUGAUGCCCCCUCCCCCUCCGCCACACGUCGUCACGGCAGCUGUUGCCAACCCCGCGAUCUCCAUGGCGCAGCAGCAACAGCCGCCGCCCCAGCCGCCGCAGCAGGCCUAUAAGACGCCGCUCCCGGGGUCGCCCCCGACGGCGGCGCAUUCCGGCGCGGCUCUCGGGGCCGCGAACACGCCCAUCCUGGGCGCUCCUCUCCCCUGCUCCACCUUCCUCCCGCGUCCCGAUCGGAGGUCGGCCGUGGUCGACCGCUGGAGGCUCCCGAAGACGUCCGGGGCCAACCCCAUCGGCAUCAGGGGCGGGAUUACUGAAAUGGGGCCGUUCCCGCAGAAGGUCGCUCCUAACUGGGCGGGCGGCGGUGGGGGCGGCGGCGGCGGCCUGGAUGGAUACAAGCGUUACUAUGGCCCCAUUGACCCUGAGGGCCUGGGGCCCUGCGUGGACCCGAACGCCGGAGGCUCCCAGACACCUAAGACGGCCCAGAGGGGCCACCCUCAGCCCCCCCCGGCGGCCGUGGCUUUCUACCAGGAGAAGAGUGCAGAUCAUGGGGUUGGGAAGAAGGUGGCCGUGGGUGGUGGUGCAGGGGGUCAGGGGAAGGGGGUCAAAUCUUUGGGAACCCCUCGGUUGCCUCCCAAAAGUCAGGCCCCUGCACCUCUGCCACCUAACCCCCCACUACCACACCCCUCCCCCCCUCUCCCCUCCGCUUUUUGGAGAAAACGGCGGCCCAAGAAACUGAAAGAAUCUGGGGGGCCUUUGUACGAGAACAUUCUUCCUCUAGGAAGGCGAGGGGGAGGGAGGGACGGAGCGAGGGAUUCGGUCGGCAGGAGAGGCCGCCACUCGCCCUCCCUCCCGCUGCCCGUGCCUGUUCCCCUCUCCCCCACCUACACCCCGCCGUCCCCGUCACCCUCCCUCCCCUACACCUCCACCUCCACCUCCUCCUCUACCUCCAGCACAUCCUCCUCUUCCUCCGCUUCUACCUCCCGCUCAACCUCUCCGUCCUCGUCCUCGUCCGGGUCCUCGAAGAGCUGCAGGGACCGGGAGGAGGGGUUCGAAGGGGAGGACGACGACGACAUGGAGGAGCUGACGGAGGAGUCCAGCUUGCUGCUGGGCCACGACCGGGACAGAUCGCUCAUCUCCCCCCGCUCCCUCACGCACGGGCCCCCGCCGCCCCCCGUCCCGCCACGCAAGCCCCGCCUCCUGAAGGGGGAGAGAGAGCGAGCGCGGGAGAGGGGCGGGAGCCAGCUGGCCCAGCUGCAGGAGUGGUGGGCCGGGUGGGGGGAGCGGGAGAGGGACAGGAGCGGGGGAGGGGCGGGCACGGGGGAGCGGAAACGCGACAAGAAGAGGCGGAAAGAAAAGGAGAAGGAGAAGAAGAAGAAGAAGAAGAAGAGCAAGAAGAGGAAAAAGAGGGAGGAGAGGGAGAGGGAGAGAGAGCGGGAGAGGAAGAGGCGCAAGGUGAAGAAGAGGAAGAAGAAAGAGAUGAAGACGAAGAAGAGAAAGAAAGCGUCGGUGGGCAAGCGCUCGGAGCCUGAGGAGGGGGACAUCGAGGCCGAUAGGGACGCGGAGGCGGAGGGAGAGAGGGAUGGAGGGAUGUCUCAAGACUACUCGUCCUACUCGGCCCAGUAUCGCAGUACGUUUGGGGAAAAGAGCAGGGAUUCUGGCUGGGAAGGGGAGAGGGACAGGGGGAGGAGGGAAGGAGGUGACGAGGACGGGGAUGACAGGGAGGAGGAGGACGGCGGGAGGCGGAGGAGCAGGGAUCGGCGGCGCAAGGGCUCGCGGUCCCGCUCCCGGUCCCGCCAUCAGCCGCCCGCCAAGCGCUACCCCAACCUCAACAAGCUCCCGGCGUCCGUCAAGUUCUGGGUGAGCGGCGGCGGGGGCGACCCGUCCGCCGACGCGCCCCCCUCCUCCCUUCAUCCUCUCCGGCCUUCCUCCGGCAAGCGACGGAAGAGCGGGGCAGGGGAGAGGGAGGCGGGCGGGAGGGCGGGAGAGAGGCGGCCCCUGCUGCUGCACUACGAGAGGGGCAGGGCCCACACCAGGGAGGGCCUGUCCUUCCACGAGUGGGACUCGGAGGACGACGCCGACGGCGGCGACGAGGUGGAGGAGGACCGGGAGAGGGUGGAGGACCGCGUGAGGAGGGCCGCGGGCCGGGGGGCCGUGUCCGAGUCGGAGAGGGACAGGUGCAGGGCCGAGGAGAGCUUCUCGGACGACGGGUCCUCCGGGGAAUUCGGAAGGUUCGAGAGGUACUGGGAGGGGAGCAUGGGAGGAGGAGGCGGGGGCAUAGGAGGAGGGGGCUGGUUUUUCGGGACCUACCCCUCCAGGGAGAAGGGAGGCAGCAUUAACAGCAGGGACGACUCGAUCCUGGGCCGGGGCGACGGGUGGGGGGCCGGGGGGGACGGCGGCUGGGGCUCGGGAGGGGGAAUAGGCUGGGGUUCGGGCGGGGGGAGCGGGGGACUGGGGUCGCAGUGGCCCCCUCCACCCGCGGCGCUUCCUCCGCCGCGGCGGUACUGGUCCGUGGACAAGCUCCCCAUGAAGCCGGAGAAGAAGCCGAAAGUAGGGGGGAAGGGGAAGGGCAGGUCCCGGGACAGGGGGCGGGAGUCCGGCCCCUGCUUCUGCCAGUACCCUCCCGGCCGCCCCCACGCACACUCCAAACGGGGCAGGGCCUCCUCCCGCAGCCAGGAGGAGCUGCUGCCGCACUGCCACAGCUUCAGCGGCGGGUCCCAGGCCAAGCCCCUGCCCCCCAAACCCGAGAAAAAUCAGCCCAAAUCCGGCAGCCAGUCCAACCUCAGCACCCAGCAGGCCCAACUGACUGACCACUCCGCACAGCCCCUCCCCUCCCCGCCGCAGGCGCCCGGGAUGGCCGCCACCAGCGCCAAACUGCAGUACCAGAGACUACGCUCAGUGCCCCAGCCACGGAGAUUCUACUCCCCCCACCUGCCCCUGAAGGCCAAGAGCCUGUGCUCUCGGAGGGGAUCCGCCCACUUCUCCAGCCUGGAGAGCGAACCAUGCGCUGCACUGUGUCAGCAGGCCCGUAUAGCGCUCUGCUGCGCCGUGCUGCGUGACACCGUCCACUGUGCGCGGUCCUCCGGGUUUACUCUGUGCUGUGCUGUGCGCGCACACGCCACCGUCCUCUACGCCACGCGCCCUACGCCGUCCCAGACACAGCCUGCUGAGCAGCACUCUGCUACCACUGGCUCUGCUUCUGGAUUAUAUUCAGUUUAA